CCGCGUCACGCAAAAGCUUAGAAAUUCAAGCGUAGUAUAUCACAAAACCAAGAACCUAUUCGGGGCGAAAGUUUGUAUGAAUACUAGUUUUCAGCUGCUCUUAUACGUCAUUUAAGUAAAAUCUCAGAAAGACCAAUAGUUUUAUAGUUCGAAUUUUGGUGACGUCAUGUGAAAACCAGCUAUUGUCACUUUAUUUAUAAUCUUUUGAGCUUCAAUCACUCUGGUAUUAACGCAUGUUGAAGAACAGUUUAUUUCCCGUUCAGUCACUUCCUGUUAUUUCUAUAUACAUGUGCUUGCAGAGUUCUUUUAUGUGCAUUAUCCAAAAUAGACUGAAUUGCAGUUCGUUGAAAGACUACUUAAAAAGCGUCCACCGCGAUUGAGCACCCCGGCCCCUAUUGACCGAAAUUUAUAAUUUAGUGCUGGGCGCCUAUUCGAGGAAAUACGGUAUCUGUCUUUUAUGAAUGAUAGGCGCACCAUGAAGAUCAGUCAAUAUUUUGAUGUUUUACCACUUUAGAUUCUGAUAUUUUGGUCUUAACUAGGUUAUUCCUGUAAAUAUAACCCCCGGGUUACGUUCGACGCCCCAAGGACUUUGUAUGGCAUCCAGAAGUUCACAAUUUAAAACAAUAAUAACUAAAUGCAAAAAGAUCUUAGUCCCGGUUUCUGCCCGUGCACUAUUUUUGUUUUGUGGAAACCAUCUUCAGAGUACAGAGCAUUUUCAAUACCCAGUCUACCUAGGCACUUUCUUUACUCCCUCUCCCUAUCGAUAUUUAGAUAACCAGUACCAAGGGGCAAACUAAAGAAAUGUGUAUCGACAAUCACAUGAUCCCAGUGAUCUGCUUUUGAUGACAGACAAUAUAUUUUCUAGAAUUGCUAACUUUUUCCGAGAAAAACCGGAAGACCUCCUACUGUGGCAGACGCUUGGCCUUUUUUGACUGGCUGAUUUUGAAUAAGACGUUUAUAACCGGUUCGAGCUUGCAUCUUUCACAGUUCGCUUCCUUCGAGAGUCGGCUUCAACGGAGUAUUCUUGGCUCAGCAAAUCAGAUUGCAAAUUAUGUGGGCUUUGGAGGGAGCGAUACAAGAGCAGGGUGCGCAUCUGACGAGAGUACUUCGUGAUUUUUCCGAGAAGAAUGUGAAGAUUUCAGAGGCAGACAAGACCCGCUCAAAGAAACUGGUGAAGGACUACAUUAAAGGCCACAUCAUGGAGUACUGUGGAAGAAACUCUCCGCUUCCAAUCCACGGAUUAGAGCAUACAGGAAGCGUUUACGAGAGGCUGAAAACGGAAGCUUUGGAUGAAGUAGAUUUUAUGGUUGUGGUGAAAACAGCGAACCCAGGUCGUCCAGGAUCACGGAGUGAUCUCGGGAUUACUGUUGAACAAACUGGUGAGCCUGGUUACGUGCGUUUUAAAGUCAAGGAAGGCUCUAAUCUUCACUCGUAUGCCAGUCCUGAAGGGUACAUCAGUCCAGAGCGGUUUCGAGGUCGCUGGCUGCAUAGUCUUGUUUCUCGUGCAGCAAAGGACUUCAAUGACAGCUCUUCAAGUUCUGACGUCCGUUUGCAUGUGCGCCAGCACGGUCCCGCCGUACAGCUAGAUAUUACGGAGAAGAAAACCUGGGCGAAGCUGUUGUCGGUGGAUCUAGUCCCCAGCUUGGAAACUGAUGCUGGUGAACAUUUUGUUCCAAAGCCUAACAAGUCGCUUUCCAUUCGCCAUCCCGACCUUCUUUGGAGACAGUCGUUUUCACUGGAGGAAAAAGCCACGUUGAAAAACAUGGACAAGAAUGACCAAGGCUGCAGGCACGAACUCUUUAGAAUCGUGAAAACCUUAGUUCAGAAGGAGCCCACGUCGUUCGGAGCACUGAAUUCGUACCACUUGAAGACCGCUUUCAUGCAUUAUAUAAAACAAAACCCUGGCAAUUGGGCUGACCAGCACUCUCUUGGGCAUCACUUUGUUGGAUAUCUCGGAGAGCUGAAGAAGAAUCUGGACAAGGGAAAUCUUCAACACUUCUGGAUUCGUGGCGUAAACCUGAUCGAACAGGAUGGCAUCGAACCAACAGUUACCAAGCAAAUGGCAAACCGUUUGAAAAAUAUCCUAGAAAGGGAACCCAAAGGAAAUCCAACUUCAGUCUCGAGAAAUGCGAGAAUGCAAACCGAAAGUCGUCAAAUUCUCCCUCGUUUAAGAAUUCCGCCAAGCGUAGAUCGAGCGCAGCAGACAGAACGAAUUCCACUGUUCAAUAUAAGGCGAUAUGAUGCAUGCGAUAGCAUGGAAACUGCUGACUGCUACCAGUUUUCUCGUUUUAGGAUGUUCGAAGACUCUGAUUCGUUUGAUUACGGUACGCAAAAUCCUAUCACACGCGCCCUUAAGUGUCUGUUUAAGUUUCUUUUCAAGUUAUUGUUGGGGCUAGUUCUCUUGGGGUUUUCGUUACUAAUCUAUAUAUCUUGGUUAGCAGGUGUAGGGUUGUUGAUUAUCUUAACUUGGUUCGGAUUGUCUCAGAUUGACUAGGAUUUACUUAGCAGUUUUGAACAAAAGCGUGAAGCCUCGGCCUACAAAAUAGCUCAACUAUUCUUCUAGCGAACUAUGCAGUACCCAUUAUUUUAGUUAUUACCCUUUCUGUGUACCUUAGGUUUCUAUUUACCAAAUCGAAAUAUUGCAUCAGGGCACGGAGUUAACAAAUCUUCUCUAGUACAGGCUUAAAAAUAUCCAAGGAGUUCAUGUAUGUAGUUCUAAGCCUCUUGCCUUCGACUGAUCUCGAUCGACGUGUUCCCAGUCAAGUCAAGUCAAAUUUGUUAUACGCUGUUUACAACCAUUUCUUAGAAAAGAUAACUUAAUGAUCGUGAGUACACGAUAGCAUUUGUACGAUUUGUGGACGGUGAGUUACAGUGGCCGAAGAAGCAAAAGCAUGUUCGAAUAGAUAGACGAUCCAAGAUGUUUUGCAAUGACAAUAGCAAUGGCAAUGGCAAUGGCAGUGGCAAUGACAAUAAAGGCAAUUGCAAUGGCAAUUGCAAUGGUAAUGACAAUGGCAAUGAUUAUGGCAAUUAAAUGAUAAUGAUAAUAGUGACAAUAAGACCGAUAGCUUUGGAUGGAAAGACGAGUAACUCCAAAGCUAUUCUAACCGGCUAGAAGAAACACUUGUAAUUUUUUUAAAUAGUAAAAUAUUCUAACAGUGAUCUCUGCUGCCUUGAAUCAAACAUAAAUUUACCAGUAACUGCCAGUAAGCUAUAAGCUCAAGCAUGAUUAAAUAAGUCACCGUAAUAUUUA